AUGGAAUUCAGAAAAAUUGAUAUCGAAUCGGUGCUUGACCAAUUGACUUUGCACGAAAAAAUUAAUCUCGUCAGUGGACGUGACUCGUGGCACACUUAUGCUGUACAUCGCCUUGGAAUACCAUCGUUGAGGAUCUCAGAUGGACCCAAUGGAGUAAGAGGAACCAAAUUCUUCAACUCUGUCGCCACAGCUUGUAUUCCCACGGGAACAUCGCUCGGUUGUUGCUGGAACUCUGAUUUGAUGUACGACUUGGGCAAAAUGAUGGGCGAACAGUGCCGUGCUAAGGGUGCCCAUGUUCUUAUGGGGCCCAAUAUCAACAUUGUUCGAAACCCUUUGUGCGGUCGAAGCUUUGAGACUCUUGGUGAGGAUCCCAUUUUGUCCGGAUUGCUAGCUCUGGCUUACUGCCAAGGAGUCCAUGAUACCAACAUCAUGAUAUGUCCAAAACACAUGGUGUGUAACGACAAAGAGGACUACCGGAUGACAAUGAACGUGCUGAUUUCCGAAAGAGCUCUCCGGGAGAUCUACUUGAUGCCUUUCAUGCUUGUGCAAAAGUACGCCAAUCCUGAGAUGUACAUGACAGCCUAUAAUCGCUUAAAUGGAGCUCACUGCAGUGAGAACGCCCACCUCAUGAAGGACAUUGUCAGGAAAGAGUGGGGGUUCGAGGGCUGUUUUGUAUCAGACUGGUACGGAACUGUCUCGUGUGCUGACAGUAUCAAUGCUGGCUUGGAUCUUGAGAUGCCGGGGCCUUCUAUUUGGAGAGGUAAGCUUUUGGAAAUGUCCAUUUUUCACGAUACGGUGACGCAAAAGUCCUUGGAUGAUGCCGUCAGAGGGGUUUUGUACUUGGUUAACAAAGCUGCUGAAUCGGGAAUUCCUGAAGACGCUUUUGAAGGCCUCAAGGACGACGAUGCGACCACCAGAAUAGUUCUCCAGGCUGCUAGAGAAUCCAUAGUUUUGAUGAAAAACUCAAACGAUAUUCUUCCUUUGAAAAAGAACAAGAAGGUGUUGGUGAUUGGUGAAGCCGCUAAGAAGGCCAACUUUGCUUCAGGUGGAUGCACUAAUGUAAAGCCUUACCGCCAAAUCUCGUUGUAUGAUUCUUUGGUGGAACGCUUUGGAGACUCCAAUGUGACCUGGUGCUUAGGUGCCUCUAACAGAAAGCUGCUUCCAUCGUUUUCGCUUUUCGCCAAAAGCAAGGACGUUUCGCCAAUCCAGUAUUGUGUUUAUGAUGACCCAAGGUCUGUUCCCGACCGUAAGCCCAUUACCGAGGAGAAGGUGGGUGAAAUUGAUGCAAUGCUUGGUGACUUCGAUCCAGCCAAACUCAGGGACAUUGAUCAGUUGUACGCUAGUUUCCUGGUGGUGAUUACCGUUCCCGAGUCUGGCUUAUACAAAGUCAAUUUGAAGGUUUCUGGUCUUGCCAGGGUCUACAUUGACGGAAAGUUGAAGAUGGUGAAUGAUCUUGAGCACAAAACCAGUGGAGCUUUCGGCUUGGAUGCACCAGAGAUCUUGGAAGAGAUCCAUCUUGAAGCCGACAGAGAGUAUCUCUUCGAAGUGGACUUUAAAAGCACAAUUGGCAAAUCUUCCUUCAUUACCGGUUACGGUUGUGUCACUUGUGGUAUUGAAAAGGCCAUUUCUCCAGAGGAAAGCAUUAAAGAGGCAGCAACGUUGGCGAAGCAGUUUGACCAAGUCGUUGUUAUCACCGGACUCAACAAGGACUAUGAAUGUGAGGGUUUUGACCGUAAGAAUAUGGAUCUUCCCCCAUACCAAGAUAAACUCAUUGAGUCAGUCUUGGCCAGCAAUCCUGAUACAGUUGUGGUAAUCGAAAGUGGUACACCCGUGACACUUCCUUGGCUGGACAAAUGCAGCACUCUCUUACACUCUGGGUAUAUUGGAGAGCAGCUUGGAAACGCUCUUGCAGAUGUGCUUUACGGAGAUUACAAUCCCAGUGCCAGGCUCUCUUAUACAUGGCCUAAAAGAUACGAGGACUCUUCCUCUGCAACAAGCUUUACGGUUGACAAGAGAUAUUCUUUGACAUACCUUGAUGACAUUUACAUGGGCUACCGCCACAUGGAUUAUUGCAAGAUUGAGCCACUUUUUGCGUUUGGCCAUGGACUCUCCUACACCACUUUCAAGUUCAGUGACCUCAAACUUGAAGUAAACGAUACGACCGUUUCUGUCUGUUUGAAUGUUACAAACACCGGCUCAACCAAUGGCUCCACAAUCGUUCAAAUCUAUGUUGGUCAAAAUGGCUGUUCAGUGCCUUGCCCCAUCAAAAGCAUGAAGGGUUUCAAAAAGGUUGACUGCAGAGCCGGUGAGGUUGUCACUGUGAAGGUUGACAUCAACAAGAGGAUUUCGUGCUCUUACUAUGACACCAGUCUUUCUCAAUGGACUUUGGAGAAGGGCACUUACGAAGUAAUGGUGGGUUCAUCAAGUGACCUGAUUGAGCUUAAGAGCAGCUUUGACAUUGAAAAAACCACUCAUUGGCUUUCUCUCAAGGAAGCAUGA